UCCUUGAGCGGUUCGAAUAUAUUGCCAGUGAUACAUGAAAUGGAACCAACAAUAACGCCGCCCACCUAUAACAAAGUGAACAAGUUCACUAGAGCUUUUCAAAACAUUGUCGAUGCAUACGGUGUUGCGGAUUAUCGAGAAAUUAACCCAACACCAUGGACAAUAAUUACGUUUCCAUUCAUCUUCGCGGUAAUGUUCGGAGACGCAGGCCACGGUGCAUUCAUGUUUCUCUCCGCAUUUCUGUUUGUUAUAUUUGAAAAACGACUCAUCGCUGCAAAAAUCAACGAUGAGAUUUUCAACAUAUUUUUUGGUGGCCGCUACGUGUUACUUUUGAUGGGAUUGUUUUCAAUCUAUACCGGCAUUGUGUACAACGAUAUUUACUCGAAGUCAAUCAACAUUUUCGGGAGUAGCUGGAAAAAUCCAUAUCAGUAA